UCAUCCUGAUCGACAUCGCCGUACGUUAUCGCGAGACGGACUCGUUCGUUAUCACCGUUGUUAUCCGGUCCGACGUCGUUCUCUCGUCGGAAGGGUUCAAAUUGUUCACCGUCCCGAACGUCGUCGUAAAUCGACUUACUGUCUCUCUUCUCAAUCGAAAAGUCAUUGGUAUCCGACAUUCUGUAUAUCCGUGUAUACGAUUGUACAUCGUCUAACAUGUUGGCCACUGUCAAAAAGUUGGUAUUCGGGAUGAGACCAUUUAUGAACUAUAGAGUUUAUUCUAAGAAAAUAGAUGAUAUACUACCUAAAAACUUAUUAGAAAACAUUCAUACUGCUACACAACAAAAGGAACUGGGUGUAAUUUAUGAUAAAAGACCAUUUAAAGUUACUUUGGAGAAAGGAAAAAGUUAUCAUUGGUGUUCUUGUGGUAUGAGUAGACAACAGCCGUUUUGUGAUGGUACUCAUAAAAAUCAAAAGCUUCGCAUAACAUUGAAACCAGUUAGAGUUCAAGUAGCUGAAACCAAUGAAUAUUGGCUAUGUAAUUGUAAACAAACCUCUCAUCGACCAUUUUGUGACGGAACACAUAGACAGCAACAUGUACAAGAUGCAAUAAAGAAAUAUUAACUUA